AUGGACACCUUACUAACCGCCGAGAUCGUGGCCAACUCGCCGCAGUUCCGGCGGAAAUCCUCAAUUUUUGUCGAUGCCAUUCAUGAUCUACCUGAAAAGGCCGAUCUUGCCCCGGCCCAACUGUAUAGCACUGAAUCUGGCCGGCUUUUCCACUCGGGCCGCAUCGUGAUCAUCACUGUGGGGUUGCCCGCAAGAGGAAAGACACACAUGUCUGUGGCCUUAGCACGCUACUUGCGAUGGCUGGGUGUCAAGACCAGGAUCUUUCAUCUUGGUGACUAUCGACGGGCCACGAUUCCAUUUGGCGAGGACAUGCCUGAUGACUAUUUCUAUGUGAAUGCCUCGGCGUCCUCUGUUCUACUUCGUCAGAAGAUUGUACGAAAGUGCCGCGAGGACAUUUAUCAUUUCUUGAACCACGAAAAUGGCCAGAUCGCAAUCUAUGAUGCUGUGAACCCCUUGGCCUCAGGGCGGCGCUCGCUUGCUAAAGAGUUCGCAAAGCAUGAUAUCGAGACGCUAUUUAUCGAGUCCUGGUGCGACGAUGAACGAAUUAUUGAGGAGAAUGUCCGCAGGGUCAAGAUCUCCUCCCCCGAUUAUAUUUCAUGGCGCCCUGAAGAUGCAGUCAAGCACUACUUGACCCGUAUUUCCUCACGCAUCCCUCAAUUCCAGACCAUGGAAGAAAAGGACCUGAACUACAUCAAGAUGAUUAAUGCUGGCGAGCGACUGAUUGUGAACAACCGUAGCUUUGGCUAUCUCUCUAACCGCAUUGUGUUCUACCUUUUGAAUCUCCACAUAAAAUCGAGACGAACCUACUUUGUGCGGGCUGGAGUGUCGCGAGAGGUCGGAUCUUACAAGACUGAUUCGUCUCUCUCAGAACAGGGCGACGAAUACGCCAGAAAAAUGACAGAUAGCCUGCUUGCCCACCGAGAGGCAGAGAAACAGGAUAUGAUUGACCGGGGUGACCCGAGCUAUGAACCACGACCAUUGAAGGUAUGGACAUCCACCAGACGCCGGACCGUGGAGACUGCGAAGUACCUCUACGAUAGAGGGUACAUGGUCCGACAGCGGUCUCAGAUGAGUCAACUCAACCCCGGCGUCUGUGAGAAGAUGUCCGAGAGACGCAUCCGUGAAGAGUUUCCAGAUGAGGUUGCAAAGCAUGAGCUUGACCCCUACCAUCAUCGGUAUCCUCGAGCCGAGUCUUACCAUGACCUUGCAGUCCGUCUUGAGCCUAUAAUUCUCGAAUUGGAGCGAGAGCAGAAUGAUUUGCUCAUUAUUGCCCACGAAAGUGUCCUGAGAGUCUUGUACGGCUAUCUCAUGGCUUGCAACGCCGCUGACAUCCCAUUCUUGGAGUUCCCUCGUGACGAGAUUAUUGAGAUCAUUCCCGAGAGCUAUCAGAACGAGGCGCGCAGAAUCCAUAUUCCCGAUCUCCCAGCAGAGAUUAUUCCGGCCUCGCCUGAAGACCUGAAGAUCCCGGUGCCCUCUAGCGGAGUGGUCUCCCCGAUUCAAGGCCUGGGCAGUCCACUGGAUGGCGCUGCAACCCCUCAGAGCGGCUACAGGACCCCAAGCGGGCUCCGUACUCCUCGUGAGCCCGAAAGGAUCUCUCAACAACAUGUCGAAGACGUUGUCUAG